AUGGAUACAAACGAGGGUUCCAUUCAGAACAGAGCGCCGAGCGCUGGACGGCCAGAAUCCAUCGAGUCCAUAUUGCCCACCCGCAAUAAAGGGAAAGGACGAGCUACAUCGUCUGACCUGGAACGGGAUAGAGAAAGGGAAAAGAGGCUGGCAAACGAUUACGAGCGAGGCAACGCCAAGCACGAAUCCGAGGCCUCGUCCCAACGAAUGAGGGAAUGGGUCAACGACCAACGCUCAGCGGACAAACGGCAAACGAUGAUGCCAUCGCCUACGCUUUUGCAGGGCGCGUUCACCGAAUUUCUCAUUCAAAUGAGGAUUCGAGAAAACGAAACGGGGACACAACUGUCCACGGAGCAGAUCAACGAUCUGGUGCGAGCCAUAUUGGCUGACCGGGCCACUCGCGACAAACACAAUGGCGAUGGGGCCGCGCCAGCUGGGCAACCAGCACGUACGGACAACGUCCAGGAGCUCCGUGGCCCAGUACACCCCAGCUGGGAUACACGUGUGGCUCUACAACGAUGGCGGAAUGACGCCAUGGCCAACCACGAAUACACCGAAAUCCCUGAUCAAGGGAUAGUAUUUGAUGAUAAGGGCGCGCCCAUGGAGCGGCCCGCACAUCAUAAUAACGGUGUGGCCAAUGAGAGAUUGGCAACGGCUGCCCCAGCACGCCCCAAACGCGUGAAAACCGCAGUAACAGUGUUAUCUGACCGUAACCUGGACCACACGGUCCCUGAUUAUGGGGGUGACCCGACAACUAAUCGUCGCUCGUCGCGAUACAACAUUCCGGCAACCCAGCCGUAUGCAGAACUGCCCCCAGUAGGGCGAAGAGCUAGAUCGAGAAAUCGAUCCUUAUCGAGCCGAGGUGACGAUAACGGCGACGGGGAACCCCAUCGCAGGGAAAACACACAAUUGCGUAUGGGCGAACUUAAUGAUAUGGACGUCAAUAGGAGGCAUCGGUCACGACUCACCUCAGAAGAUCUGGAUGUGGGAAGGCAUGAACUGCCAGGACAAUCAUCGUCCUACCAACGCGCCAUCGAACGUCGAUACCUGACGUUAAUCAAUGAUCAGCUAGGAGAACAGCUGGUGCUACCCAAUGGGCUGAAGCCACCCUCGGGAAUUCCGAAACCCGACAAAUACUCGGGAGAGGCAGACGUUGAAAUAUUCAACAAUUGGCUACAAUCGCUGCUGAGGUGGCUUCGCCUCCAACUCUAUGGAGGCGCUGAAAGGGAUGGCGAAUGCGUAGCCAUGGUUGGCCUAUUCAUCGAUGGAAAGGCGGCCACCUGGUACAACGACGAAGUCGAUGGAAUGUACCGACGCCACCGUUCGUGGACAUUCGCGAGAGUCAUACUAGACAUGUACGAUCGGUUCGUACAGCCCACUGCGAUGCAAGACGCUACUGAGCAGUUUUACGCCGUGGAAUACACGAGCAGUGGAGGCGUGAGGGGCUUCUACGACGAGCUCGACCGUAAGGCAGCGCGUAUGAUCCACUCGGUGGAUGCCUAUACGUUCAGGCGACAGUUCCUGAUGGGACUACCGUCGUACAUCAGGAAUGUGAUUAUUGACCAUGGAUAUACGGCGGAACGACACCGUCUGAAAGAAAUAUACCGCGUCGCCAUCCAAGUGGAGGAAGGACGGAUAAUUACUAAACAUUACGCGGCGGCUAGUUCGAAACGAGCAGCCAACACCAACGUGAAUGGUGAAAGGCAGCAAUCGGGGAACCGUAGGUUCGCCAGACACACUCCCUACAAUGGCAACGAGGGCAAAUCGAGCCCUCACGGCCUGCGUAGAGGGGACCAAAAUACCAAUACAAGGCCGACGCCGCCCAUCAAUAACGUUCGUAAUGAACGGAAGGACGAGCGGCCCGGUAAAGGGCCCAUAGUUAAUCAUGCCGCACGGCCCAACGCGCCUCGGCAGACACACCCAGGACCCUCCCAAUCACGAUGCUACGCGUGUGGCAACUUGGGACACUUUGCGAGUGACCCAGCAUGCCCAAAACGGGAGCAGCCAAAGAUGUUCGCUGCACGAGAUGUGAACGAUCAUGAUGACGGACGAUCGGUGGCAUCCCUGGCGCAUGACCAGCGGUCAGUAGCGGAAGCUGGAGGUUUAACCAGUGCCCACGUCGAAGAUGAUCGACACGACGAGUACGAGAGAUCAAGAUAUUCGUCGCCCACUAGUGACAGUGAUGGAUCUCGGGACGAGUAUGAGAACGAACCCGAGGAUGUUGGAGAUGAUCGCAUGGCAGCGAUGAACGAGGCGUUGGGAGAACGCAUGUUUGCUAUGAGAAACGCCGCACCGGAGCAGCGGCCUCGGCGACAAAUAGCGGGAGACCGAAUCGCAUUGUGGUCGCAGGAUCGUAAAUACGUGGCUAGGCCACAGCGAACGAGCGACGAAAAGGCUGUACUAGCCAUGUUGGUGGACAUAGGCGGUGAACAGGCCUUCACGCUAUUUGAUUCAGGAUGCACGACUGACAGUCUCAGUCCGGAAUACGCUAGAGUAGCGAAAAUUCCAUAUGGCCACUUGAAAGAGCCAGUGCCACUACAACUGGGCACGGUAGGUAGCAGUUCGAGGAUAAACUUCGGAGCAGAAGCUACCCUAAAACUAGGGCCAAUAGUGUCGAAAACAUACUUCGACAUAGCCAAUUUGGACCGAUACGAUGCAAUCAUCGGCACCCCCACAAUGCGAAAGUACGGCAUAGUACUCGAUUUCGCGGAUAAAUGCGUCCGAAUAGGCAACCGCACAUUCGACGCAAUUAAGGAAGGGGAGGAGACACGACUUAUGGCCAGAAGACACUCCAUACAACGGAGGAAAUGA